AUGGCCCCGGGACAGCAGACUAUCGACCUGACGGCGUCGGACACGGAGGCCAGCGCUGACGACCACGACCAGUUUCAGCCCGAGGCGGUCGCCUAUUCCAGGUGGAAACUGCAACUCCUCCACCACCUCAGAAGCAUCACCUCUGCCGGCGACUUCGCCGUGUCUCGGCAAUACCAGACCUUUGUCAACCCGUGUUUGCGCAUCGCGGGCUGCAGUGACGUCAUUCCCUUGCCUGUCGCCGGCCGCGAUGCAGAGACAAUCCGGAGCGCCUGCAGGGAAGCGCCGUUUGGCCGGGGAGACGAGACGCUGGUCGACACUUCGGUGCGCAGGACGUGGGAGCUGGAUGCUGCCCACUUCGCGUGCACGAAUCCGCGGUGGCCGGCCUUCUUGGACAGGCUUCUCGAGGACGUCGCCGGCGGCCUCGGCCUGCCAGACGUCCGCGCCAAGCCGCACAAGCUCCUCCUCUACCAGGAGGGUUCCUUCUUCCGGCGCCACAAGGACUCGGAGAAGGAGUUCGGCAUGAUUGCCACCCUGGUCGUCUGCCUGCCCGCCGUGCAUCAGGGCGGUACGGUCCACCUCUCCUUCGGCUCCGAGAGGCGCGAGAUCGCCACGGCCCCGGCGUCGGCCUUUGACAUGACGGCCCUGGCCUGGUUCUCCGACGUGGACCACGAGAUCAGGCCCCUGACGUCUGGCAACCGGCUGGUUCUCACCUACAAGCUGUUCCAAGCCGGCGGCGGCGGCACGCCGUCCGCCGAGCUCCUCGUGCGGCAGUCGCAGCAGCUGAGGGGCAUCCUCGGACAGUGGCCCGCCAGGUUCCCCCACGCGCUGAUGCUCGCCUACCCGCUCGACCACCAGUACACGAGGUCGAGCCUGUCGCUGGCGAACCUCAAGGGCCGCGACCGCGCCGUCUGCCAGACCCUCCACGAGGCGAGCGCCGCGUGCGACGUGUACCUCGUCCUGGCGCACAUGACGCACUCGAAGCAUGAUCCGGAGUCGUGGUAUGGCGAGGAAGAGGAGGGCGGAUCGACAGUCCUGCGCGCCAUGUUCACCACGGACGGAGCAGAGAUCGCGUCUCACCACGACGUCGACGAGACCGAAAUCCUGGGCGGCGACAUCUUCCAGAACCGCCACCCGGACAGCGAGGACGAGGGAGAGUUCACGGGCAACGAGAGCGUGCCGAGCUGCUCCCGUUUCCCAUCGCAGGUUGCCGUGCUGAUUCCGAAACUGCAAAUCCACCAAUACCUCAGGACGCACGUCUACGGCUGGUCUCCGUCCGCAGAGGCGGAGAACCUCUUCUCCAUGGUCGAGCGCGACAUGGAGGAGCACCCCGAGAACAGCGUCGUCAGGUCGGGCGCCCUGCGGCUCAUGACCAAGGCCCUCGACGCCGGCGCCACGAAGCCGGCGAUGCUUUGCAGAGUGGCCAAGUGGGCCCUCGCGGCGAGGCAAGACGAGCUGUACCGGAAGGUCAUCAAAGCCGCCAUCUCGGGCGGCCCGUUUCCGCCAGAGCUGCUGGAUGUCUUGUCUCGGCACUUUGACUGGGAAUAUGCGAGGGAGCCGAGAGAUGUCGAUUGGGAGAAAUGGCUUGGGUCCGUGCUGCAUGCUCUCUCUCUGUGCGGCUGGCGCUCCCUCGCAAAGCUGCUCGCCACCCGUCUUGAGACCGAAGCUCUGCGAGACUCGUUCAGCCUCUGGGCGCAAGAACAGCUAGAGAAGAAGCUCGACCACCACACCUCCUUCGUAACGCAAGACUUUGAUUACUUUCUCGAGAAACUGAGCCAAGCCGACCCUAGCCCCAGGAUCCUGUCCGCUUUUGCCGAGCGCGGCAAGCGCGAGCUCAUCCUCAAGGUCCUGGAGACGCUCAGCCAGCGACGAGCACCCGAGGCCGUCAAGGGCAUCUUCGAGGCCACGCUCGACAAGGCCCGCCCGAGACUGGUGCUGCAGACGGGCGACUUCUACACUCCCGCCGCCCCCUGGGCUCACCACAUGCAGGGAGCCGACAAGUCGCGGGAGCCCUGCCAGCAGUUCACGAACCUCGUCAGGCAGAGCCUCAGGGUCGGCGCCUCGGACCAGGCGGUCCGGCUGAUAGAGGAGACGUAUAGACACCUGGACGCCGCCGCGAGGACCUCGUGGAACCGGUCCGGGAUCGACGGGCCGAGCCUGGUCAAGGACCUGCUCGUGCCCCUGGCGGCGGCGCUGCAGCAGUCCCGCGGCGAGGCGGCGCCCACGGACGGCGUGGCGGGCUUCUUCGCGCUCCUGAUCCGCGACGUGCUGCACUACAACAACAAGGUCGGGCCGUACCCGCAGAAGCUGCCCGGGUGGCGCCACCGGCCGCGCGGGUGCGCCGGGGCGUGCGCGGACUGCGACGCGCUCCGGGCCUUCCUGUACAGGGAGGACCAGAGGACGUGGGUGCUGGCGGCGGGCGCGCAGCGGCGCGCGCACGUGGAGAGCCAGCUGCCGGCGUCGGUCUUUUCCACGCAGACGCAGGCGCAGGCGCAGGCGCAGACGCAGACGGGCAGCCGCGGCCGCGCCCCCGGCCUCGCCCUCGUCGUCGAGAAGCGCGGCACGGAGCACGCGGAGGAGGUGGCCGAGUUCGCGGCGGCGCUCGCGAGGCUCGAGGGCGUGCUCGCGCCGCUGCGGGGCGGGUUCCUGGCGGGCCUGCUGGGCGACCGGGCGUACCGCGCGCUGGUCCUGCUCGAGGGCUACCGGGAGCAGGUCCCCGAGGGGAGCCUGCCGUGGAGGAAGAGGCCGUCCGACACCCCGCUCGCCGGAGACACGGUUCGGCAACGGUGGUGA